AAUUUGUAAAUAUUAUAAAUAGUAUGAAAUAAUUGAUAAUUCAUUUGAAAUCAAAUGUUAUAUAAAGUGAAGUACUUUAUGUGAAAAAUUAUAAAAUCUAUUUCAUUUAAAUGAAAGUUAUUAUUAAGAUAAAUUAUAUUUACACAAGUGUUAAGCCAAUCAAAGAUAAUUAACAAUGGAAUCAAAACACGUAACAAACAUGGAGAUUGACCUGGAUAAUGAGUCAGAGCAUUACAUGGUUGGUGAUCGGGUCACCGGUAGUUUAAAAUUCGCCUCAACUGGUCGUGUACUGGCAUCGGGUGUCCGGAUAAACCUGGUUGGUGUGGGUGAGGUCAACUGGACUGAGCAUGUACCAUUAGCCAUGUACGGUGGUGCUCCCAUGUACCGUAAUAAUAGAAAGUUUUUGAUUUUGGACGUACCCUUUGAUAUGAACAAAGAUGCUCACGAAAAACCUCUGGAUCGUGGUGUACAUACAAUUCCGUUUGACAUAAAGAUACCUGAUCAUGGAUCACCCUCGUCAUUCGAGGACACUCACGCCUGGAUCCACUAUAACGUGGAGGCGGCUAUUGAUGAGCCCGAUAGUGAUGAGGUGAACACAAUCAAGACCCGGAUUACUGUUGACUCGCCCAUGAGACACAAUCUUAAGGUAUUCGUGGGCGGACAUGCUGACAAAACACUGUCGGUGUUCCCUAAUAUGGGGUCUGGAUCUAUUGCAUUUCACACCAGUUUAUCUCGAAAAGGCUAUUUACCAGGCGAGACAAUUGAAGUGAACUGUUAUGUGGUAAACAAAUCGACAGUCGACGUGACCCCAAGAGCUACUCUAUACCAGACCCGUGUCUACCAGACCGGGGAAUGCCAUAAAGCCGUAGACCGAGUGCUAACUGAACACAUAAUUGGCAAAAAGAUGGCCAGUAAUGCAAACAAUACGGAUAUUAUACACAUACCGAUACCCAAAAGCGCCUCACUGUCCAUCAAAAGUGAUGUCAUAAGUGUUAAAUACGUGGUGCAUGUGACCCUGGACAUUCCACACGCUGUGGACCUGAGUAUUGAUCUACCGAUUAUUGUCACCACUCAGUCUGCUUUAGACCGCAAUCAGGGUUAAUGUAUCCUUGAAUAUUUUUAUAUAAUUAUAUUAUAGAUGUUUGUUUAAAUGUUAAACUGAUAUAAAUGUAUUGGAGUUAUGAAUCAUAACUUAUUAAUCAUAAGCGAAAAAUAAAAUCACAUUUAUUAUUAAC